AUAAUGGGACAACGAUUAUAUGAUAGAAAACUAACGCCACUUCGAUAAGACGCACUUCGGUCGAUUAUAUAGUUGGCUUUUAUACAAUUAUGGCCAUCAGUACCAUCGUAGUAUUUAGCGAGAGGAUAUCGGGGAAAAGACUGUUAACGAGUUGAGUGUUUGUGUUGGUUUUUCGCAAGUUUAUUCCUUGUUUAAAAUGCAACGCUGGUGAUUAACAGGUAUAGUUUAUCAGUGGAGCAUGCAAGAGGUUUAUCUAUGUUUGCACUAGUAAGAGUCGUAUACUUAUGGGCUAACAAAGAUGAAUAAUACAACGAAAAAAACAAUUUUCAAUUAAAUUAUACCUUGUAACGUGCAACACCUGUAGAUCGGAUCAGUUUCCGGUUACCAACUGUGAUAACAAUGCGUUUGAAAAACUGCUUUCGACGCACAUCGGAGGAGAUUAUUAGAAAGAAACAGCUUGAAAAGAGGCUCACGCAUAUCAAUGAAAAUUUUAAUAAUUCAGUAAAAAUACUUCUACUGGGUGCUGGUGAAUCUGGGAAAACAACCAUCAUCAAGCAGAUGAAGAUUCUACAUGAACAGAAUGAAUUUAGCUUUGAUGAGCGUUUGGACAGGUUACAUGACAUCAUCGAAAAUAUUCACGACUCGAUUUACGAGCUAGUGCGACAAGUGAUACUAAUGAAUCUGCAAUUUGACUCGAAAGAAAGUCUCCGGUGUGCGGAGGAGAUUUUGAAAAUGGGAAAACAAGCACCGUGGAAUCUGAGCAUGACCUACGUACAACGUGUUCGCACUCUGUGGGCCGACGGCGGCGUAAAGCAGAGCUUCAAACGAUCCAACGAGUUUCAGUUGAUUGAUAGUGCGAAAUAUUUCCUGGAUCGAAUCGAGAAAAUUUCAAUGCCAGGAUACAUCCCUUCGAAUGCGGAUAUACUGAACUGUCGAAAGACUACCACCGGUAUACAGGAAAUUAGUUUUCGGAUUAAAAUGCCGACCUCUUUUGGCGGGGGCUUCCAGGAGUUUCGAGUUAUUGACGUGGGUGGACAACGUAGUCACCGAACCAAAUGGAUGCAGGUGUUCGAGGGCAUCGAAGCAGUACUGUUCAUGGUUGCCUGUGGCAGUUUUGAUCAAACUUUGCGGGAGGAUCCCUCACAGAAUCGGCUAGCGGAAGCGUUCGAGCUUUUUCGGGGCGUUUGGCAUAAUCGAUUCUUGUCGGAUACAGGAUUAAUUGUGUUCCUUAACAAACAGGAUAUUCUGAAGCAAAAAAUAGCUGCGGGUAAAACGAUUGGGACCUAUUUUCCUGAAUACAACGACUAUGUGGCGCUUGUUGACACCGACGAAGUCUGCGACGAGUUCGCCCGUAGCAGAGGUUUCAUCAAAUCAAAAUUGGUGGAUAUCACAAAUGAACCUCCCAGACGUACUUCGCAUCUGAUACGGCGGAAACGAUCAUGCUACUAUCACUAUACAGUGGCGACGGAUACAAACAACGUUAGAAUGGUUUUCAAUGAUGUUCACAAUAUUAUAUUAUCUAGAAACUUGCAAAAAUCUGACAUUUUGUAG